AUGAUCAAAGGUGGCUUAAAUGAUCUUUCUCAAUGGACAUCAAAAGAAUUUCAAAUUUUAGGUUUUACACUUGAAAAAAUUAUUCCAUUCAUAAGAUUCCUUCAAAUUUCUAGUGGAGAAUUUUAUAAAAAAGUCAAACCAUUUUCAACAAUUUUACCUAUAGAAUUAUAUGAAGAAAUUCUUCAAUAUCAUUUAGUACCAGGGCAUUUACCAGAUUUUGAAUUAAUCCAACCCAAACGAGCAGUAAUUGAUUCAUUUAUAAUUGAAAGAAAACAUGCAGCAACAAUUGCUAGUUGGAUUGAUGGAUGUGAUUUAAGAAAUUCCAAUAAUAAUAAUUAUGAUUAUGAUAUCUCUAGUCGAGGUAGUAGUUAUAAUAGUUGUAAUGAAGAAUUUUGUUCCUCACGAAAUAUAGUUAGUAGAGUACGAGAAGCUACUAGAGCGAUUAAUUAUUAUUCAAAUUAUGGACCAUCAUUUGGUAGAGAUGAUUUAAAGAUGGCAGGUAAUUUCAAAUUAGAUUCAAGAUGUUGUUGUAAACAAGGUGAUUAUGAUUUUAGUAUUAGGGAAAAUACUGGUUAUUUUUCAGUAGAUGAAUAUGAAUAUUUAAAUUCAAUAUUUUCAGUCAACAAUGAAUAUAUAUAA